UAUUGUAGCGCAAUAGUGUUGAUUGAUUUCAAGCUCAAUUUUUUUAUCUCUAUCUAAUUUUUUUUGUUCAUCUCUGCUAUAUGGUAUUAUUACCUACAAUUGUUUACUGUAGCCCCAAGCAAUCGUGACCACAGCGAGACCACUGAUUGAACUAAUGUUAUCUUUACAUUGCAAUUUCAUUUAACAUAAGUAUACAUAGAGUGCGUAAAAUGUAAAUGGUAUUAGUAAAAAAUAUUAAAAUAAUCUUAAUGUAUUGUACCAAAGGGUGUACCAUUUGGUAGGUGCUUAUAUAAAUUCAGGUAUUGGAAGUUAGUCAAUAGUUGAGACAUUUUCUAUAGUUAUGAACAAUGUUUCACAGAUUCAGAAUAUAGGUUUGUUUUUAUUGAAUAAUAAUAGUUACCAUUCAUCAUGUCAACUCCUGCCAGACGUAGACUAAUGCGGGACUUUAAAAAAUUACAAGAAGAUCCACCAGCCGGUAUCAGUGGCACACCAACUGAUAACAAUAUCAUGCUGUGGAAAGCUGUGAUAUUUGGACCACAUGAUACUCCAUUUGAAGAUGGCACAUUUAAAUUGACUAUAGAAUUUACUGAAGAAUAUCCUAACAAGCCACCAACAGUAAGGUUUGUUUCAAAAAUGUUUCAUCCAAAUGUCUACGCAGAUGGAGGCAUUUGUCUUGAUAUAUUACAGAACCGCUGGAGUCCCACUUAUGAUGUAGCUGCUAUUUUGACAUCUAUACAAUCACUUCUUAGUGAUCCAAAUCCUAAUUCACCAGCUAAUUCUAUGGCUGCCCAAUUAUAUAAGGAGAAUCGCAGAGAGUAUGAGAAACGAGUGAAAAUGUGUGUGGAGCAAAGCUUUAUUGAUUAGGGUUAAUUAUUAUUUUUAAUAAUACUUAAAAAUAAAUAGCUAUCUGUGUGUUACUAGUUCUUUUAAACUUAAUGAUUGAAUUUUUACCAUGAUAAUUACUAUUAUUCCAGUGCAUCAAAAGAAUAAUUUCACAUGAAAUUUUUCUUUUUUGCAUAAAUAAAUGUUUAUUGAAUUAUUUUUUUUAUCAGUUUCUAUUAUUUAAAUGUAUUCACAGAAGUGAAAUGCAAUUAUUGUAUCUAUUUUAAUUGUUUUGUAAUGAAUAACUUUAUAAUCCUAGUUCAUAUUCCAAUUUUUUUUAUUGUAUGUUAUUUUAUAUUUUGAAUUUGUAUAUUAUUUCCAUUUACUUUCAUAAGUUAAUAGUUAUCUUUAUUUCAAAGUAUAUUUAUGUACUAUUUUUGCUUGUUUUAUUGUAAAAUUUAUUAUUAAUUAUUUUUUUUAUCUAUUAUAUAGUUAUUGAACACAAUAUGAUGGAGUUAGAUACUUAAUAUUGACUAUCACCUAAACACUUUGAGUAGCUAUUUAAUUUAAUAUUAUGUAUAACAAAGAGUAAACAAGUAAUCAGAACCGGUCUUGAGAUAUUACAUAGAUUUUAUUAAUGAAAUAGGCACUUGAGUUAAUAAAUUAAAUAUUAAAAAUAAUGUUGAAAUAGCUA